AUGAAAGGCUAUAAGUAUGUUAGGGAUGCCAGAGAAGUAAUCAACGAUAGAAUCAGUUUGUACAGCACUUCAUCAAAGGUGUCAUUAUCCGGUAUCAAAGCAUUAAGAAGAAUAUAUGAUGUCAAUGAACCGAUUUUAAGUACUGAUAAUAUUGAUCAGGAUGUCAAAGAUGUUAAUGUUUUUGAUUGUCAAGUAUUGGAUACCGACGGGAAAGGGAAUUUCAUCGAUAGUCAAGGGAGAAAGAUUAUAUUAAAAGGUAUCAAUGUUGAUGGGGCUGCAAAAUUGCCAGUUGAACCUUACUUACCAACAUAUAAAGGAAAUGCUGAUGAUGGAAAUGAUAUUUUCUUUGAUGGUGAUAAUGUGAGUUUUGUGGGACGUCCAUUCCCUUUGGAAGAAGCUGCUCUGCAUUUUACAAGGAUAAAAUCUUGGGGUUACAAUACUAUAAGAUAUAUUAUAACAUGGGAAGCUAUUGAACAUAAAGGUCCUGGAAUAUAUGAUGAUGAUUUUAUAGAAUAUACUUCACAAAUUAUCAAAAUAGUUCAUGAGAUUGGAGGACUUUAUGUGUUUUUCGACGUUCAUCAAGAUGUUUGGUCAAGGUUUUCUGGUGGUUCUGGGGCUCCGUUAUGGACUUUAUAUGCUGCUGGUUUACAACCAAAAAGGUUCUCUGCUACAGAAGCAGCCUUAUUACAUAACGAAAGAAGAUAUCAAUCAUCAAAAGAGGAUCCAUUGAAUCCUGAUGAUUUCCCAAAAAUGAUUUGGCCCACAAAUUAUAAACGUUUGGCUUCUUUGGUAAUGUUUACUAUGUUCUUUUCAGGUAAAAACUACUUCCCUCACCUAGAAUUAAACGGUGUGAAUAUUCAGGAUUACUUACAAGAUAAGUUCUUCAACUGUGUUGAGUACUUCUGGGAAUCUAUUAUAAAGAAAAAUCAAAUUAUGAUAGACGACGGGACAAUCUUGGGAUUUGAAACCAUGAAUGAACCCAAUUGUGGUCUUAUGGGACAUCCUCAUUUGGGAUAUAUACCCGCAAGCCAACAAUUGAGAGUAGGAACUACUCCUACGAUAUACCAAUCAUUCAAAUUGGGUAUGGGAAUUGCAUGUGAGGUGGAGGAUUACAAAAUUACUAUAAGUGGACCUCAAAAGUCAGGAAGUGAAAUCGUUGACCCUAAAGGUGCUAAAGCAUGGAUGACUAUAGAGGAAGCUAAAAUUAUUGAUAGCCACUAUGGAUGGAAAAGAAGUGAUAAAUGGAUUAUUGGUGAUUGUAUUUUCAAGCAAGUUGGUAUUUGGUCAUAUGAUAAAAUACAUUUCAAGACCUUCCAUGAAUUACCUAUUGAACAGAAACUUGAAGAGGCCAACAAAUCAUGUGAAUUGAUCAACCCCCAUUUUUUCAGUAAAUUCCUGCCAUCCCAUAACUUCAAAAUGUAUAGUGGGAUGAAACCAAAAGUUAUAGACAUGGAAUUCUUCACUAAUAAUAAUUUUGUCGAUUAUAUAAUCAGAUACAAACAUAUCAUAAGAAAACAUGCACCUGAUGUAUUUUUCUUACUUCAGCCUCCAGUACUUGAAAUUCCACCAAAUCUUAAGACUGACCCAAGAAAUAUCAUAGACAAUAAAACGGUUUAUUGUCCUCAUUAUUAUGAUGGUAUGUCAUUGAUGUUCAAAUCUUGGAACAAUAAGUAUAAUGUCGAUACCUUAGGAAUCAUGAGAAACAGAUAUUUGAAUCCAAUAUUAGGUAUAGUGUUUGGAGAAAGAGCCAUCAGAAAUUGUCUUCGUAAACAGUUUAUUGAGAUCAGAAAAGAGUGUGAAGACUAUUUGGGCCCUAUACCAGUCUUGAUGUCUGAAACUGGGAUGCCAUUCGAUAUGGAUGGUAAAAGAGCCUAUAAAGAUGGUCGUUAUUCUUCACAAACGUAUGCUUUAGAUGCUUUGAGUUAUGCGUUGGAAGGAGCUAACAUGUCUCAUACUUAUUGGUGCUAUACUUCUGUCAAUUGUCAUAAAUGGGGAGAUAGAUGGAAUAAUGAAGAUUUCUCAUUCUGGUCCCCCGAUGACAGAAACUUAACCUUCAAUGAUGAUAAUUUGAUGGGAGAUUUCUUGAAUUCAACUAUAUCAACUACUGCUGGACUUAUCAAAACUGCCCAUUCCAGAAGAAUCAAUAAUAAAGUAAAAGGCAUAAAAUCAAAGUUGAAAAAGGAAGGUAAUGCUGUUGAUAUUGAAGAAGUUGAACAAGCAGUGGAGGAACUUGAUCUUUCCGAUGAUUCGCUGGAUAAUGAUCUUGAUGAUGCAAGGUCAUUACAAGAUUCGUCAUUGAUUUGUUGGACAGCUGAUAAUGUCAGAUAUAGACAUACUAAAAGGUGUUUUCCUUCUCCUGACGGAGUUCGUGCACCAGGAGCUAUUAUGAGACCAUAUGCUGUAGCUACUGAAGGGGAAAUUGUGGCCACAGAAUUUGAUUUGAGAACAGUCAAAUUUUCCUUGACAGUUUCUUUAAGUAAAGGAGAGACCAGCAGGAACCCUACUAUAAUUUACGUCCCUAGUUGGCAUUAUCCAAAUUUAAGUUAUCAUGAUAUCUAUUUAACUUCCGGAUUUGUCAAAUACAAUGAAAAGGCCGAAUAUUUGGAAUGGUAUCAUUAUGAUAUUGAUGAGAGAUCAGGGUCUGUUGAAUCUGAAAGUUCUACUUUGGUCAACGAACCUUUGAAUAGAGAUGAAACAAUCAUCAUAAAAAACAAUACCGGUACGUUGGAUACCAUUAAUGAUUCAAAAACCAAAACUACCGCUGGCUGUAUUAUUUCCUAG